CUGAAUUCGGGGGAAGAGAGAGGGGCAGUGCUCUUUAAUUCGAACGCCGUUGCCUCCUCUCUCGAGCCCUUCUCCUUCCAGACAGCCAUAGUGGCAUCACGCCAAAGCCCAGCCGCCGCCAGGAGAUCGAAUCCUCUGCUCUGGGAUCCUGCUCCGAUCGCAGCUACCCUCUGAGUUCUCUUGAAGUGAUGUCCAAUUAUACCAUGAUUCCCUUGGGGUCUACCAAAUGUAGUAUUGUGCGCACAGCAGAAAGGAUUCUGCACCUGUAGGCGUCCCCAUGGCAUCAAUUACUUAUAUUGAUGAUAGCCAUGCUGAGGUUAUUGAUCCUCCAAAGAAUGAGGAGAUGUUGGAUGUCACUGAGCUUGUUGGUGAACAUAUCCAGCAUUCACCAAAACCAAAUGUAACAAGUUAUGGUAAUGUGCGUGAGCUACUGGAAUGCCCUGUGUGUUUGAGUGCCAUGUAUCCUCCAAUUCAUCAGUGCUCCAACGGACAUACUCUGUGUUCUGGAUGCAAGCCAAGGGUUCAUAAUCGUUGCCCAACAUGCAGGCAUGAACUGGGUAACAUAAGAUGUCUUGCUCUGGAGAAGGUGGCUGCAUCGCUAGAGCUUCCAUGCAAGUACCAGAACUUUGGUUGCUUGGGCAUAUACCCUUAUUAUUGCAAGCUGAAACAUGAAUCACAAUGCCAAUACAGACCCUAUACUUGUCCGUAUGCUGGAUCUGAAUGCACAGUUGCUGGUGACAUUCCAUAUCUAGUAAAUCACUUGAAAGAUGACCACAAGGUUGACAUGCACAAUGGAAGCACUUUCAAUCAUCGUUAUGUCAAAUCAAAUCCUCAUGAAGUUGAGAAUGCCACCUGGAUGCUCACGGUUUUCAGCUGCUUCGGCCAGUAUUUCUGUCUGCAUUUCGAGGCAUUCCAGCUGGGCAUGGCGCCUGUCUACAUUGCCUUCCUCCGCUUCAUGGGCGACGACGCUGAAGCUAAGAACUACAGCUACAGCCUGGAGGUUGGAGGCAGUGGUCGUAAGAUGACAUGGCAAGGUGUCCCUCGAAGCAUCAGAGACAGCCACAGGAAGGUACGGGACAGCUAUGACGGGCUCAUCAUCCAGCGGAACAUGGCCUUGUUCUUCUCUGGUGGCGACAGGAAGGAGCUGAAGCUGCGGGUCACUGGGAGGAUCUGGAAGGAGCAGUGAACUGCAACAGCUAAAUGCGUCGAGUUGCUCUCCUUGAUGCCCAUGAAGCAUGGAUCAAUGAUGAAUCAGACUGAUGCGUAAGCGAAUCGUCGCUGUCAGAACUUAGGAGUUGGUAAUCUUGUAGACUGUAUUAGUAGCUGAUGUAGAACGAAAGGCAAGUCUCUCUUUGCUUUGAAGCUCUCUUAGAGUCUAGAGUUGACCAUGGCUGCGCGAUGGGGGAAUCUGAUGGCGACUCGUGAAAUGUAAAUGAUCUAGCUCGGUUUUUCUCUGUAUGAGACUCGUUCUAUGUCAGACCACCAUUGUUUCUGGAUUCCGCGGAUGAACUAGAACUAAAGACUCCACAGCAGCCAAGUUUUUCAUGCUGAUGAGAUCUGAGAGUAAUCACCGAAGCUACUGGCUUCCGUACUAAAAGAACAUGGCUUCCCGCUUCCUAUC